AUGCAUUAUACUGAGAGAGCCCCAACUUCAUUAUUAGUUUGCAAAAACAAACAAACAAAUUUUCGUUUUGCUUCAUGGAAUUUACAACAGUUAACAAAUGAAAAAGUACAAAAUCCAAGUGUAAACGAAGUUGUAUGUCGAAUUAUUCUUGAAAAUAAUUUUUCAUUGAUUGGCAUUCAAGAAAUAGGAAAUAAAGAAGCAAUUGGAUAUAUUGUUGAAGAAUUAAAUAAUCCAACAAUACCUUUAAUUAAAGAUUGGCCUAAUCGUCAAAAUGGAAAAUUGGAACUAUACAGUUAG